GUUUCUACAAAAUUGAACCGACAAGGAAUAUAAAAUUAAAACACCAAAAAUAACGUCUGUUGGUAACGGAAGCAAAGGGCGAAAUUUUGCGGGUUUGUUCCCGGGAAAACCCUUUCCACAGUAUCCUAUUUUGUCUAAGUAAACUUCUCCAAUUAGUAGCUGUUAAAGUUCUAAACACGAUGCAUUUAGUGAGUAUCUAAAUAUUUUAGAAAAAAUUGAUGUGUUCUAUGAGGGGUUUAGAUUAACUGUUGAGUUUUGGGUUUCUCUUGAAACAACUGUAUAUUGAUAUAGUUGCUGAAUUUUUGAGGGUUGGAUAUAUAUUGGGGUAGUAGUAGUAGUAGGUUGUGGAGAUACUACAAGCAGUAUGAGUAAUAUUUUGAACAGGGAAUUAAGUUAUUGCAAUUCUUGUGAACAAGAGAACAAUGGGUAUAUGUUAGUUGAAGGUAAGUUUGAGGCAUUGCGUGUCGAAAAGGUUGCUAUUGAAAGUGAGCUUGAGGUGUUGAAGAGAAGGAAUCGAGAGUUGGAAGAGCAAUUGCGUGGAAUAGAGACUAAAGGAAGUAAUGAAGAAAACGAGGAUGAAGGUGAGAUUGUGCGAUUGAUGAUCGAGAAUAGUGUACUGGAAUGUGAGAAAAAGACUGCUGAACGUGAUGUUGAGCAUUGGAAAUCCAAGUGUAACAAGCUAGAGUUCAUAGUGGCGGAAUUGGAGAAAAAAUUGGUUUCUAAAGAAGGAGAUGGAACUUCAACUAAAGUACUAUGUGGAUUACAAGACACAGAAGCAUUACAUCAAGUGAAGGGGUUGCAAGAAGUAUGUAAAAUCACAAAAUCUGAUGAAAUGCAAAAUACUGAUGGGGAAAUCGGCUCUCUACAAUCUCAAGGUUCAGGGAAAUCUUUAGCAAAAACUCCAAGCGUGCAAGCCAAGCUUGUGGGAAGAAACAAAGCUUUACUAUCUGAAAGUGGCAAUGCCUGUGUCAACCAAGUGAGGAAGCGAUUGACAUUUGAAGAAGAAAGGGGGUCUAACAAGAGGAUGGCUCCUUCUACACCAGCUGGUGUAAGACCUGCAAAAGUUGUUGUUAUUGACAUAGCUGAAAGUGAUGAUGAAAGAACUAUUGUCCCCCUCUGUACGCCUCCCAUUGCAGGAAUUGUUCGUACUGUACCUUACUGUGGAUCUGGGAAUACCUUGUCCAAUAUUGAAUUGCCUUCAGAGAACAAUUCAAAGAUGAUUGACAUUGAGCAAGGUGAAGACGAUGACAUGGUUUGCCAUAAUGAGGAGGCUUUAUAUGUUCCAACUCCAAAAAGAAGAAGAGCUUCAAACAUCAUUGCUAGUGAUACUGACACCGACAAUGAUGAUAAAGUUCCAAUCUGCAUGCUCGAAACUAGGCAUCUUCGUGAAAAAGGUUCCGAUGAUCAUCCCAGAGGCCGCUCAAUUCAAACUGGUGACUCUGAGGAUGAAGUCAGGAAAUUGUCUCGUAGGCGGCGCCUAGUGAAACUAUGUCAAUUUGAAGGGGAAGGUGGCGGCGGCAAUGACAUAGAAGAAGAAGUGUCAGACAGUGAAGGAGAAAGCUUAGGUGGGUUUAUAGUUAAUAGCUCUGACAUCUCAGAUGAUGAUGACAUCUCUAAUUCUGACAGUGCAUUGCAAAGUAAUUCUUCUGUAGCUGAAGAUUCGAUAACUGAUUCAGAGUAUAUAUCAGAGAGUGAUUCAGAUUAUGGUGAGUUAAUGUCGAGAAUUCGGAGGAACAAAAGUGAUAAAUUAGAGUGGGAGUUUGAGGGAGACAUGCUUGCUGCCUUUGGUAAGGAUCCUGAAUUAUGUAUGAAGGCUGUUUGUGUUUUGUAUAGGCAGCAAACAGAGGAGGAGAAAUGUAGUAAAGAAACAAUAUUUCACAACCAAAGAGGUUUUAGCCAGUGCGAUGCGUUCAGGGGAAGCACCUUGGCUGAAUUUCUUACUGAUGGAGAUCGGCAAGGUGAUAUGAUGAAGUCCGUGAAGGAAUUGCAAGCUUAUGACCCCAGGGGUAUUGAAGUGUGCAUAGCUUUGGCGACAAGAUACUCUAAGCAGCUAUUUUCUAUUUACAAAAACAAAGAGGAUCCUUUUUUCUCAGCUCCUUGACACAGUGUAUGCUUUGUUUCCUCGCCCGACAUGAUGGUCCCAAAUCAGUCUUCCUGACCUUGAUGUAGAUAUGACUUAUGACAUCUUAUCUUGUAUAGUAUGUUCUUCUGGUAUAUGCAGCAAAAAUUUUAGGUGUUUUUGCUAUCAAGAAAUGACAACUACUACAACUAUUACACUUCAACCCCGAACAAGUUUGGGUCGGUUACCUGGACUGACCAUGUCACCGAUUUAAGCUUGUCUCGACCAAUGUAAUGCUAUGCUAUAAAGAAAUUGAGAUUCAAAAACUUUCUACCUUAUAAAAUGAUUCCAAAAAAAUUUUCUAGCA